CAUUCAGAAUAGAAAAUUUGUAAUGGUUGAUAAUAGUUGCAUGGUUGCAGAAAGUCACAGCUCUGAGAAUUAUUGAAAAAAUAAUAUAAGAAUAGUUCGAAAUGAAUCCUUUAAUAUAUACGAAAACUUUAAUGAUUUCACAUGGGAGAAUAAUUAAAAAACAUUGGUAUCUAAAAUCAUGGUACGGUAAUAAUCAUACAAAUUGUAUCCCAAGUCUCAUUUACAUAAAUGUAAAGAGACCAAAGUACAAUCAGAUUUUAAUAGAAUCUGCUCUAUUGGAUGCUCAUCCAAAAAAUAUGAUAUAUUUACAAACUAGAUCAUUUUCUGGAUCUACAAUUUUGCAUGGUCAGGAACCAUCUUCUAAAAUUGAAGAAACUGUGAACAGUAUUAAAGAACAAAAGGAACAAAAAGAAAAAUUAAUUGAACACAAACCUCAAAGUGUUAUUUUAUCAGCUGAAAAAGCUGUAGUCGAGAAGAAACCUACAAUAUUGCAAAGAGUUAAGGCAGAAAUAAUGCAUUAUUAUCAUGGUUUUCGAUUACUAGGAUUGGAUAUAAAAAUUUCUCUAAAAUUGAUCUGGAGAAUCUUGCAGGGUAAAGAUUUAAGUAGAAGAGAACACAGAUUGCUCAUUAAAACAACAGGAGAUAUGUUUAGAUUAAUACCUUUUUCCGUAUUUAUCAUUGUACCAUUUAUGGAAUUCUUACUUCCUGUCGCAAUUAAAUUAUUUCCUGGCCUGUUGCCAUCUACUUUUCAAACUGCCACUGAAAAAGAAGAUAAAUUAAAACAAGCUUUAAAGGUUAAAAUUGAAAUGGCGAAAUUUUUACAAAAAACACUGGAUGAUAUGUCAUUACAAUCGUCAGAUCAUAAAUCACAAAGAGCCAAAGAGUUCGCUGAAUUUUUUUACAAAAUUCGUACGACCAGUUCUGGGGCGACUAACGAUGAAAUUAUGAAAUUCAGUAAACUUUUUGAGGAUGAGAUCACUUUAGAUUCCUUAUCCCGACCACAAUUGAUUGCUUUAUGUAGAGUAUUGGAUGUACAAACACUUGGUACUACAAACUUUUUACGUUUUUUGCUUAGAAUGCGAUUGAGAAGUCUUUCUGCUGAUGAUAAAUUAAUUCAUAAAGAAGGUGUAGAUAGCUUAACAAGGAGCGAAUUACAACAAGCCUGUAGAGCACGUGCAAUGCGAGCAUAUGGAUUGCCAGAUAAUAAGCUAAAGGAACAACUAUUACAGUGGUUAGAUUUGAGUUUAAUUAAAAAAGUUCCACCGUCGUUAUUGCUUUUAUCUCGAGCACUUAUGGUACCUGACACCAUUCCUAUGUCAGAUAAAUUAAAAGCAACUAUAUCGGCAUUGCCUGAAACCGUGGUUGCACGUACUAAAUGUGCUAUUGGAGAAAAAGAAGGAAAACUGGAUCAUAGAGCAAAUAUUGAAAUUAUCAAAAUGGAAGAACGUAAAAUUGAAGAGGAAAGACAAGAACAAAAAGAAACAGAAAAGAAAGAGACGGAACCAAAACCCAUUGCUUUUACAGACGAUUUUAAAAAAGAUGAAAUUACAACAACUGAUGUAAAAGUUAUUGAACAAGCUCUCGAUACAUUAGAAAAGGAUAAAAAGAAAAUGUCUGUAGAAAAAGAAGAAUUGAAAGAGCUUAAGGAAGAGAUGGCAGAGUAUCAAGAGGAUGUUAAAGAAUUAUAUCAAAUUAAAGCAGAAGCGAAGGGUGAAGUAGAUAUUGAUAAUAUAAAAAUAUCCAAAGGAGCCAACAGAUUAUACAAUAAAGUUAAUAAGAUGAUUAAAAAGAUGGAUGCAGUUUUAUUGGAAUUAGAACAAUCAGAGAAACAAGUUAAAAAGAAAAUACAAGCUUUAAAUUCAGAAGAAAAAAGUGAUGCUGAAGCUGUUGAAGAACUAGUAAGAAUAGAUGAAUUAAUUGCAGCUAUAAAAAAUAUACAGAGUGUACCAGAUGAACAUAGAUUGAAAAUAAUAGCAGAAAUACUAGGGAAAAUUGACGACGACAGAGAUGGUGUUAUUAAAAUUGAAGAUGUAUUAAAGGUUGUAGAACUUAUAGGAAAAGAAGAUGUAAAAUUAAAUAAAAAACAAUUAGAUGAACUAAUUGACAUAAUGGAUAAGGAAGAAAUUUUAGAAGCAGACCAGCAAGUUAAGAAAAUUUCUCAAAAGGAAAGUACAGCAACGCAAGAAGUGCCUGAUUCAUCAAUUCCAAUUACACCAACUACAAAAGAAGAAAAAUUAGGAAAAGAAGAAUUAAAAGAUGAUAUUUAUGAGCCUAAAAAAAAAUUUAAAAUUUCAUCCAUUGAUGAGAGUAAUACAGAAAAAUCAGCAGAAAUUUUAACAAGUAAUUCAAAAUCCAAUGUCAGAAAUUCAUCAUUAACACCAACUAUUCCUCCUACAACAAAAAAAACGGAAGGUUCUAAGCAACUAUGAUCGUCGCACAA